GGUUAAAAGAGGAGGGAAGUCUCGCGAGGUUGGGGUGCCAGGGGAGGUCCGGAGGCGGCAAAGGAGGUGUUUCCCGGCCCGGAAUGGGGCUGAGCCGCGCUGACUCCCCCAGCCGUUCCUCCGCUGCCGCUGCCGGCUUCUGCCUCUGCCCGCUGAAAAGCUGAGGGGCGUCUUCUCCUUUGGGUAGCGAGGUCCCGUUCGCGGAGCCACGGCUGACGGCUGCGAGGCACAGAAGCCAGAGUAUUCCUUUAGAAAUGAGUUGCACAAUUGAGAAGGCACUUGCUGAUGCCAAAGCUCUUGUGGAAAGAUUGAAAGACCAUGAUGAGGCAGCAGAGUCUCUGAUCGAGCAAACCACAGCUCUCAACAAGCGGGUAGAAGCCAUGAAGCAGUAUCAGGAAGAAAUUCAAGAACUUAAUGAAGUUGCAAGACAUCGACCACGAUCCACAUUAGUUAUGGGAAUCCAGCAAGAAAACAGACAAAUCAGAGAAUUACAACAAGAGAACAAAGAAUUACGUACAUCUCUAGAAGAACACCAGUCUGCCUUGGAAAUUAUAAUGAGCAAGUAUCGGGAGCAAAUGUUUAGAUUGCUAAUGGCUAGCAAAAAAGAUGAUCCGGGUAUAAUAUUGAAGUUGAAAGAGCAGCACUCCAAGAUUGACAUGGUACAUCGUAACAGCUCCGAAGGAUUCUUCCUUGAUGCAUCUCGACGCAUCCUUGAAGCACCUCAACAUGGACUGCAGAGGAGGCACUUGGAAGCAAAUCAGAAUGAACUACAAGCACACGUUGAUCAAAUAACGGAAAUGGCAGCAGUGAUGAGGAAGGCCAUUGAAAUUGAUGAGCAACAGGGCUGUAAGGAACAGGAACGCAUAUUUCAGCUGGAGCAAGAAAACAGAGGCUUGAGAGAGAUACUUCAAAUAACUCGAGAAUCAUUUUUGAACCUGAGGAAAGAUGAUGUGUCAGAAAGUACUUCUUUGUCAGCAUUAGUGACCAGCGGUGAUCUGAGUCUGAGGAAGAGCUGAAGAGCUUCCUGCGGACUCCAGACUUCACUGGGACUGGCCGACGAAGUGAAUGAAGGGGCAGAAAACUGUCUCAUGCUACACUUUUUCUGUUUUUAUUAUUAUUUUUUUUAAUAUGUACAGUGUACUGCAAUGGCAUUUUUGAGAGCAACAAAAAACUGCAUAGUUAAUUGUCAUAGACUUUGUUCCUAAACAUACUGAAAAAUUAAAACUAAGCCUUACUUUGUUAAUUGGCAGACAAUUGGAGGUUGGUUUUUGUCAUGGGUGGUUACUGAAAAUACCAAGCACAGUUAGCAAUGUUGUUGGCUUCCUAGAUAAAACAAGACUUCCCAGUAAACAUUUGAGAAUUCAUAAUAUUAUUCCUUUUAAAGAGUACAAGUUUAGCUACAGUUUUGUGGAUGGAGGGUGCUCACUAAAUUUUGCCCUUCUUGUGUUGUGUCAGGGUUAACAAAUAACUUAUGUACAUGAGGCUUCAAGCUUUAAUGAUUAUCUGUACUUUCCCUUUAAAUUUUUGUCAAAAUUCAGUUUUAAGGACUGCAGAAAUAUUUUGUAUGUACCAUAAACAAGAGGUAAUCUGAACUAACUUGCCAUAAUUCUCAGUUAACAAUUGUCCAUAACUUGUUUAAAUAUAUGAAAUGUGAUUUCAGGAAUGAAAGAGAAGGAAUACUGCUUUCUAAGAAAGAUCUUAUAACAGACAUGUAGUAGGUUAAACUACUCUUUUGAAAGGAUACAUUUUGGUUUUAAUAAUGAAGAUGAGGAUUUUUUUCUCUUUUCUGGUUGAUCUGUAAUGACAGUAUGCAGCUUAGCUAACAAAGUUGAAAUGUUUGAAAUAGAAAAUUAGAUGUGGUAAUUUUGAAGUUGGUAAUUCCUCUGUCUCAUAGACCCCCUUUUUUUUAAAAAAAAAAAAAAAGUAGUUACUCUUAGGAGAUACAGGAAGGUAAAUUAAAAUCAAAAAUUUUUUUCUUAAUCUAUAAUUAAGCUCCAGCUGAACCUCGAGGGCAAAAAGUGUAUGAACUUAGAAGUAUUUCUAUGUUUUUGGUAAAAUAUCACGUUCUGUAUGUAAAUUUUUAAGGUCACCAGAAACUGAAAUAUGCUUUUAACACAAUUGAAAUUUGAAAUUUUUCUUACUUUCUGGUGAUUAUAGGAUAAAAGAGCAUCAAAUACAAUAAAAUUUAUUCACUUACAUUAAAUACAUAUAAAAAAAUUAGCACAAUAGAAUACUUUUGAGUAUAUAACUUGUUAAGUAACUUACUUCAUAUGAUAACUUUUAUGUAUAAUUUCAUAUAUGGGUAAAAUUCAAAACUACUUUUCACUUUAGAAUUUUUCUAAGGUAGUGGGGUUGAUGGGGCAGACUGGGUAGAAAGGGCUAAAGGCCCAAACAUUACAUUUCUUUUCUCAUUCAGAGGCCUUAAUUGAUAUUUUAUAAGUAAAUGAUAGUUCUUGCUUUACUGUUGUUUUUUUGAGGAAGUAUCCCUUAGUUUGAUGGCACAUUCAUCCAUAUAGUUUCUAUCCCAAGUCAGAAUUUAAAAAUAUAAGCCACACCAUUAAGUGUGAGGCAAAUCAUUUAGGGCAGCUUAUUAUAAAACAUUACUUGAUAAAUAAUUAUUUUUAUAAUCAAUUGAGUUAAUUUAUUGUUGGUCUUGUUUGGAUGUGAUUUUAAGGUCUUGGUGUUUAAAGACACUGUUGUGUAAGUUUUCCAGAACCUUAAAGUUAACCUUAGGUUUAACAGAACCUUAAAUUUGUUUCAGAUAAUAUGAACUGUAAAGGAGCCUAUUUUAUCAAUAAAGAUGAGUGGUUAAAAUUGG